AUGACGCGCCGCGCGCCCGUCAUCUCCAUCUCGCACGGCGGUGGGCCCAUGCCGCUCCUCGGGGACCCCUCGCAGGCCAAAAUCACACAUUCCUUGAAGACUCGCGUACCGGAGAUCCUCAAGCUGGGCACCCCCGAACAACCGAAGGCUAUUGUGCUGGUAACUGCGCAUUGGAGCACGGAUAAGCCGACGAUAAGCAGUGGGGAGAAACAUGAGCUGUAUUAUGAUUACUAUGGGUUUCCCGAUGAGGCGUAUAGCUUGAAGUACGAUGCGCCGGGCAGUCCGGAGGUGGCGGAGUUGGUGAAGAGGAGCCUGGAGGAAGCCGGGUUGCAGGGGAGGAUGGAUGGGAGCAGAGGAUGGGACCACGGCGUCUUCGUCCCCAUGAUGCUCAUCAACCCCUCCGCCUCAAUCCCCAUCAUCCAACUCUCCGUCCUCACCUCCGAAAACCCCUCCGCACACUACGCCAUGGGACGCGCCCUCUCGUCUCUCCGUGAGCAAAACAUCGCCAUCAUCGGCUCCGGCUUCGCUUCCUUGCACAACCUCCGCGCCAUGUUCUCCGGCGUUACGCGUACGCCGGCGUUCAAGGCGCUGAACGAGGAGUGGAGCAAGCAGGUUGGGGACGCGGUAAUGACAGAGGAUGUGGAGGAGAGGGGAAAGAAGUUUGAGGGCUGGAGGAAGUGGCAGGGGGCGUAUGAAAUGCAUCCGAGGGGUGGGGCGGAGCAUUUCUUGCCGCUGGUUGUGUGUGUGGGCGCCGGAGGGGAGGGGAGGGGGAAAGCGUAUAGUGAUGAGUUUGUGGGGUUGCAGAUGUGGAGCUACUAUUGGGAUUGA